UUUUUCUUUUUAGGGGUGUGCUUGGCUCAGCAUGAGAGUAGCUUUAACACCCGAGCUACAAACUUCAACUCUAAAAGACGAGGCACCGACUAUGGGAUAUUUCAGAUCAAUAGCCGAUACUGGUGCAAUGAUGGCAGAACCCCCAGAGCAGUGAAUGGCUGUCGGAUAUCUUGCAAUGUUUUGCUCCAGGAUGACAUCACUGAAGCCAUCAAAUGUGCAAAGAGGGUUGUGAGGGAUCCACAAGGCAUUAGAGCUUGGAGGGCAUGGGAAGACCGCUGUGAAAACCGAGAUCUCAGGCAGUAUCUUAGGAACUGUGGAGUCUAACUGCUGUGCACCACCACUUCAGCUCAUCUGUCUCUUCCUCGCUCUAGAAGUAGUCAUGGGAAAGGUGACGCUUCCUGUGUUUCCCCUUCAAACAAGCAGGCUUUCAACAGAAACAUCAGCAAAAUAGAGACUGUUUCCCAUGAGGCUUAAUGCUGACUAACGUAUUCACUCUUUUACGCAAAGCCUCUAUUUUUCAGUAAGUCAAUGCCUCAGAUGCUGGUGACAGUAAUCUAACACCUGGAUCGUCACACACAUCUGUAUACAUCAGUUCUUCACUAUAAAGUCAUUCACAUUACGUUUCAUCAGAAUUAAUCUUCAUUCAUCUCCCCCCUGGUGGAUACACACACAAGAAAUAUUUCAGGCAGCAGUUGAUCUUGGUAAAAUGGCAGCUGUGUGAGCUUCCAGGCCUUGUGUAUGGGCUCAGCAUCCUGUCAGUUAGAACUUCUACUGUAUGGGUCAAGGUUGGUUUUUUUAAGGGAGUAGAAUUCUGACUGGGUAGAAAUCAGACUCCUCAACUGGGAAACUUACUGUAAUGAAAUAUAUGACCUUUCAAAACAUUUUUCUUAGAUUUGGCCCAUUUAUACUAUUUAAAAAGUAAAUUCUUUACUCAUGUGUCAGUCUGUUUAAACCCUGGAGGGAAUGAUCCCAUGCCUUUUGUUGAUCAUGACACAUUAAGAAAAGAUUACCAAAUAUCAACUAACUCUGAGUCAGGUAAGCUUGUAUCAGCAAAUCUCAGCACAUUGUAAAAAAAAACUACAACACCAUUAAAUGAUUUCAGUGCACAA